AUGUCUUCACGUCCGCGCCGCUCAGCGGCCCAGCGCGCCAACGCUUUGAUUACUGAUCUGAUCCAUUCCGACAGAGUAACCCCCGAGCGCACCAUGUCAUCAUCCCGGUCAACCACUGCGCGCCGCCCACCCUCGUCUCCAGCUAGUAGCCGGAGUGACGCCAACGGCCAUAACAUGUUGACUGUCAAGGUACCCUCCAACAAGCUACGAGAGGCCACGAGCGGCAACUCCAGCUCCGGCAUUGCGGCUAGUAGGCGUAACAGGCCAGGAGCCAAGAAGAGCUACGUUGUUGAGAGCAGCGAGGACGAGGACGACGAGAUGGAGGAGGAAGAGGAGGAGGACGACGAGGAAGUAGAAGAGGCGGACGAGAUUGAAGUUAGUAACAACGCGCCCGUUUUGGACGACGACGAGGAGGAGGAGGAGGAAGAGGAGGAGGAGGAGGAAGAAGAGGAUGAUGAAGACGAAGAUGUGGACGUUGAUGAAGAUGGCGAUGUCGACAUGGACGACGCACCUGCUCGACCCACCAUCACGGUUUCCAAGGUUCAAGCAACGACAUCACCCAAUAAAGCGAAAGCAACAGCAAAGGUGCCUUCUAGCUCCCCAACGACGAUUAAGGCUGCUCCCAAGACAAAUUACUACGAUGACGAUGACGACGACGAACUCAGCGAGCUUGAAAGCGAGCCCGAGGAUCCAGAACUGGAGGACAUGGCUGCGGCCGAGGACGAUGCGGAGGAAGCCGAGGAGGAAGAGGACGAAGACAUGGAUGCCGAUGGCGACGAGAUUGAGGUCGCCGAGGAUGACGCUGAAGCAGAGGAAGUUGAGCUGGAUAGCGAUGAGGAGGGCGGUAGUCGUGGCGGCACGCCGGAUAUCUCCAAGAUGACGGCUCGUCAGCGAGCCAAGGUUGGCGUUGCGUCUCACGAGUACAUGAAGCUCUCGGACGAAGUUCAAGCCAAGAAGGUUUUUACAGCUGAGGAGCUGUCAAUGAGAAGGGCCGAGAUGGCUCGCCGUAGGAGGAACCUCAGCGAGAAGCGCAACGAGGAGGUGAAGAUGGAAACGAUCAACAAGCUUCUGAAGAAACAGGCGCCCAAGACCAACCGUAAAGCCGCCCUUCUGAACGGCGACGAGACUCCGGCAGGCGAUGCCGAGCCGCCCAAGGCCGACCCCACCUUUGUCCGCUGGAUCAACAACAAGUCCGGAAGCAGGAUUGCCGUGCCUGAAGACAUGCUGGCUGGUCCUGUCGGUCAGGUGUUUACUGGGGGAGUGAAGAGGAAGAUGGUCGAGGAGGUUAUCUGAAAUUAUGUUUGGUGUUGUUAGAGUAUAGUUUUGGGAUUGUAUCCGUAUGAUCAGAGGAAUAAUCAGGCGCUCGGUUUUAUUCAUCGGGAAAAUGGCAGGGAGAAUGAUCACAUUGGAAGUCGGCGAAAAAAGACAUUAGGAUACAUACCUCUCGGUCAAGGACCGCAGUUAUAGGUUGCAGAAUCAACUAUGGCAUUUCUCU